AUGGGUUUGGGCUCACAGACGGGGAAGGAAGGAAUGGAAAGGCUGUGGUCUUUUCUCCGAAGAUUUGCCAGAGUCACAAAGGAGAUUACUCCAUCUCACCGCCUUGACCUGUUGACUGAUGCCCUUUUGCAUUAUGGACGGAGGAAAUCAACUGACCUAGUGUUGGUUUCUGAGGGAGACAUGGUGAAAUGGAAAAAAAGAGAGAUGGAGCUAGCCCAGCAGAAACAGAAACCAAUAAGUAAGCAACUGAAAAUUGAGGACUCUCUGCUGAACAUAGAGAAAAAUCACCGGAUUGGGAGAAGAUGGCAAGAAUCUGAUUCAGACUUUCAGUCUACCCUUAAAGAUGUUGACUGUGAGCUCAGAGGGCAACUAAUCUUCAAAGCUAGAACUGAAUUAAGGGAGAGAGCAGUCCUCCUCCAUCUGAAAAGAAAAUAUCCAGAUGGGCAGGGCAUUGCCAUUAGACUUUCCAAGCAGAUUGCCAGCUCCAACAAGAGACUGAGACAGGCAAUAAAAGAAUACAACCGCAUUCAGUGGCCACCGCAGAUGAGCAUCUUCCCUACAAUAAUUGAUUUUCAGGAAGCAUGCGAUCCCUCUUGCCAAGUCUACUUCUGCUUUGAUGACACUAUUGAAGAAGAUAAUGUUUCGAGGAGUCUGAAUGGUCUGAAUAGGGAUUGA